AUGUAUGCGAGUCUUCCGGACUACUCAGAAGCGGGCGCGAGCAGCGUAACCUUGACCUCUGAGGUAGCUAUGACGGAUCCUACAUUCCAACCCGUUGGGUCCCGCGCAGCCGGAAACGACACAGGCAGCUUCUUUGACAUUGCACCUCGCAGCGAUUCCACUUCGUUUCAAGUCGGUUACCUGGGUCUCGAGGGCUUCCAGGCUUGGCUCAAAGGCGAUGUGCUGGUCAAACUCGAUUCUUCGACCAAAAGAAAGGGCAGGUACACUCGUUGCGUCGUCACACUUCAAGCAGUUGAACGAGCUCCGGGCAAUAGCGCAUCACCAAACAACGCAUCCAGCGCUAUCGCAACAAGUAGUCAGGGAUCGGAGCGUCCUCAAUUAAUCGAACUCUUCUCGCACAAGCUAAUUCUGUGGGAUGUCGACAAAGAGGCAUCAAGCUCGAAUGCCAGCACUGCUACAGUACCUUCAACGAUGCCCUUCUCGUUCCCGCUCACUUCAGACUUGCCUCACUGCAUCCAUCUUCGCCAAAGCUCUCUCGCUUACUCCAUCACCGCUCAGCUGUUCAGCGAGGACGCCGGUAAGCUGCCGCACGCCGUAAAAACCGUUCCAGUGCAUCUCGUGCGCUACACACGUCCCGGUCCACUCAAUGAGGUCGAGCUCAAUCAACUGGACGGCGCUGCCGCCACAGAGCAGAAGUACACUCUCCAGCCACACAACUGGGUCGAGCAGGCGCCAACGUUAGUCUACGCCCAGAUCAAUCGCACCAUCUUUCGGCGCGCAGAACCAAUCGACAUCCGUGUUCGCAUUCCCCCUCCAGAUCCUACGAACGUCACCGAGAAAGGUCUCAAGCUACGAGCAGUCGAGGCGGAUCUGAUUCGCAUCAUACAUGUCAAGCGCCCCAGCGGUCAAGAAACGGAUGACGGCGCCAGAGCAAAGACCGUCUUGACUGACCGUGCUGCAGUGCAAGAGCUAGGUACAGAUCCGGACGUACAUCAAGCAUUGCUUGCCCACAGCGGUAAGCUCUGCCGCUUCCAUUCUCAGCGUCCCGUGCUGCUUCGUCUAACGCUGCAUCCGCCCUUCGAUCGUGCCAACAUGCCGCAUCCGCAUCCAGACCACGACGCGCUUGUAUCUGGUCCUGUUUUUGGGCGUGGCGGAGGCGGUGGAUGCGAAAGUAUCAGCCAAGAGACACUGAUGCACAAGAUCAGCUUCGAGGUUCGCAUCAAGAUCGGUAUUCUCGGCGGUCGCGGCGAACGCAGAGAUAUCCUUCUUCGUAGAGCCGUCCGGAUUCUUCCCGGGGCUGCUGGCGCACUGGAGAAUCAGAACGACAGUAGUCUCGGAGGAUUCAGUACGCUCUCGGAAAAGGAACGGCUCAAACGGUCCGAAAAGGCACGAAUGCUUGCCGACGACCAACAGCCCGGCGAAUCGAGCUCGCGCAGCCCAGAAUAUGCUAGCGGAUUGCUCGACUUUGGCAUGGAGGACGAAUACGACGGCUACGAGGAUGUAGGCCGAAGCCUCAACGACCUGAUGGAAGCUGCUGACCAAUCCAACGUGGCCGGCUCCAGCAACCAAGCGAUGGAUCAUGCCGAACGUUUGGAGCAGCUUCGCCAAUUCUUGGAAGUAUCCGAUCCAUCGACCCACCAUGAUGGGCCACCGCCUUCGCUGCUCGAGAGCCGGAACGAUUUGCAGGUCGAGGUUGAAGUUGACGGCGUAGGAUUGGCCAUGCCUCGUCAUCCCCUCCGUCACCCUGCCGACCAGUACCCCGAGAUGGAUAGCACGGCCGAUGACACAUUCCCGCCGCCUCCCCCAAUCGACGGUACUCAUGCGAACACCGAGGAUACGCUGUCACCCUACGCGGAGGCGUCCUUGGCCUCCGAAAGUGCUGCGAUGGUGCUGUCAGAUCGCACUGAUUCUCAACCCUCCCUUCAACACGCUGUCGAUCAGUCACAGAGGACUACGAAGCCUGGUCCCAACGCUGGAGCAGAUUGUGAGGCACAUCCAUCCUACGAGGCAGUCAUGUCCGGCUCCCAGACUCCGCUUUCAAGUCAUCCCGAGAGUGUCUCGCAUCACGAACCUCCGCCAUACAUUGACGGAAGCAGUCACGCUGAUCCAGCGCCCCCGUUCGACCAAGCUGUACGACAGCAUGCCAGCAGUGGCGGUCUGUCCAUCGAUCACGGCGCCGCUUCCAACGAUCAGAUUGAAGACCGACAAGAUCUUUCACAAGUGCAACGUAGCCUCUCCGUACAGCACGCCAGUGCUCAAAGCGAAGAUCAUCGUCCACCCGCAUACGGCACUUCGCCGCAUCCGCCUUCCUACGACGCAUGA